ACACUAAGCCCUAGUAUUUACAAUGGAAUGUGGAAAAAAAAAUUAAAAACUAAACUAAACCACUAAUUUCCUUAGUUAAAACAAGAUGAUAAGUGCAUUUAAAUGUUAACCAAAAGCUGCCACAAUUCAUUGAACCAAUGAGGAGCCAUUUGCACGGGCGCACGCUGACUAAGCAAGAAAAUAUCUGUACAGAAAUUCCAUAAACAAGAAGACAGCGUGGAAGGCGACAAAAGUGAACCAAUACAGUGAUGCUGAUGCGGUAGCCCGUUUAUUAUGUGCCAGUGGCCCAGUGUCCAUAUUGUUCAAACGAUUCAUACAACAUGUGGCACAGAAGAAGCAGCAGCAGCCUGCACCUCGCGUUGCUUGUCCUGGCAGCGCUGACAUCCACAACUAUCAGUCAACAAGUUCCUCUAAGCAUAGCCAACAAAACUAGCAAUGCCAACAAAGUGCCUACAGAUCUGGGUGUUGUCGAAGGUGCCGCCGGAUUCAUGCCCCUCCAGCAGACAUCGGCGAGCAUUUUCUUUGCCAACUACAACCAGCAGAAUGUGAUGCAGCUGCGCCACAACAUGGAGAGCAAGCUGCGCAGCAUACGCAAUGUGGAGAUGCGAGUGGCCAAGAUACAAGAAAUCUUCGACUCGAUUCACUUCAGCAGCGCAAAUGGUGCAGCUCCGGCUCGUCAGUCGUUCAGCAAUGACAGCGCACAGGCAAAUCCACAGCUGCAGCGUGACUUGAAGCUGUUUAGCAAGCGUCUCAGCAAGAAGCUGCUGAAGGCCACACACUUGGUGCUGGAGCUGCGCGAUUUGUUUCGCUAUAAUCUCAGCAAAGUGCUGCAGUACAGCUACGAGGACGAGGAUGAGGAGCUGGAGAGUGAGUUCGAUAUGGACUCGGAAACGGAGGAGCUGCAUGGCAAGAAACCGGACUCCGCCGCCACCCAGCAUCAGCUCUAUUUGAACACCCAAAUCGAGAGCUGCCAGCCGGACUAUGAGUCGGAACUGGACGCUGCCGCCGCCUCCGCCACAUCCCAGUCGCUGCACUACAACAAACAGCAGAUACAAAUCCUCAACUAUCUCAAGUCGGAUGAUACCCGCGGCGCCUUUCUGAACGAGAACAAUGCUCGCUCCUCGGCUGUCAAUGGCUACAUAGCCGAUCAGCUCUUCCAGCUCAAGCGGCGGCUCAGUCUGAGCGAUGCGGAGGCCUCGAAUACGAGUGGCAAUCACUUCAAGCACAUCUACUUUCUGUCCAACUCGGAUGGAGCGCCUGUAAGCCAGCACUUUCGGCAGCUCUACGUUUCGGCCAUCAAGCAAAAGUUUGUGCUGCUUCUCAUCGAUGUGGGUUCGGCGCUGAAUGCGGAAUUGUUUGAGCUAACCAAGAACUUUGUUCAUGAGCUGCUGCAGCUGCUGGAGGACACCGAUAAACUCUCUCUGGUGACGGUGGCCAGCGAGGCAAACUUUAUGGCUCUGGAUGCCUUCCCCGCGGAAGCCGUACACGGAGUUUACAGCGCCACGCGUGCACACAAGGAGGAGAUUCUGAGCUACGUGAACAGUCUGAGCCGCGCACACGCUUUGACCAACCACACGCUGGGCUUUGAGUAUUCCUUUCAGCUGCUGCGACGCCUGCAGAAGGCGGGCAUGCUCAACACAGCGGAGCAGCCAGUGGAGUUUGUCUAUGUGACGCGUGGCCUGCUGACCAACCUAUCCGAUGCCAUGGCCGUGCUGCGAGUGGUGGCCGAGGGUCAGAGUCACCUCAAAGCUCCAGUGAUCAUCAACACCUGCGCCGUGGUCUUGGAUGAGAAGCGUAUCAUGUACGAGAAGCAAUUCUUGAGCGAUGUGGCCACCCAGAACUACACCAAGUACGAGAUAAAUGUGACGAAAUGGUGGCCCACUGGCCGACAGCCCGCACAGUUGGCUGGACGCUUCUUUGUGCUGAGUAAAAUGCAUGCAGAGACGUUGCUGCCACAAACGAGUUCCCGUAUCUUUGGGCAGCUCUUUGUAGAGCGCUAUCUGACGGACACGCUGGAGGUGCAUCCGCCCAUUGUGGAUGCGGAGAGUGGAGAUGUUUUGGUUUCCAUAACGCAUGCAGUGCCUCCGUAUGGCGUUGUGGGUGUCAACUUGUACCUGGCAGAUCUGCUGGAGGAUCUGCUCAACUAUCCCAGUGCUGCGCCGAGUGCCAGGCAGGGCAGUGGCUAUGCCUUCCUCCUCGAACGCUCCUCGGGCAAUACGCUGGCCCACCCAGCCUUUCCCCGCCCGCUCAUCCAGCGAGAGACCUCGUAUCCCGUGAACAUUGCUUACCUGGAGAACGCCACGGACUUCUCCAGCCACAUAAGGGAGCGCCUGCUGCGGGAGGAGAUGGGCAAUGCUACAACGGAUGUUUAUGUCGGACAGCAGCGGCUGCGGCGCACCUACCACUGGCAAUCCGUACUGGGCAUCUACGUGCUGUGCCUCGUGAGCAGCGGCAACGAUGGCAGGCGGAACGACUCCACGCAGCGUUACAACCUAAAGGACACAGUAUCCAACUACGAGCCGGGCUACUACGGAGAGAGCAUGGACCUGCUGUAUCAUCGAUUGGAUCUCCACCAGGGUGGGAUUGCAAUGCCCAAAAUCUGUCGCUACUUCAGGCAAAUGGCCACAAUGGAUGCGCCCACGCUGUUCCUCAGCGCCGCUGCCUUCGAGUCUCCCUUCGGUUUCCUGCACAACAAUCGGCCGAGCACACAGCUGCGACAUGUGGAGAACAUUAUGGCGUAUCUGAAGGAGCCCAGCGAUGUGCUGGCCAAUCCCGGACUGCGUCCCAGCAUACGGCAUGAGGUGAGUGUGUUGUACCAGGCGCUGCAGCAGCUGCGUCGCCGCCAUCAGGACGCGCGCGGCUCACUGCGAGAGCACAUCAUACGACGCUACAUGGCGAGUGUCAGUGGCGUGCUGCAGCUGUUUCCGGGCUGCCUGCUCAGCAGCAGCUACGAUCCCACGCGGCGGCCAUGGUUCCGCCAGGCCAUGGCCCAGCCGGGGAAGAUUGUGAGCACUGCGCCGUACCUGGAUGCGGGAGGAGCGGGAUACAUUGUCACUCUGGCGCACACCAUCUUCGAGGGCAAGGCGCACGCGCUGCACUCGGCGCAGCAGGAUCGACCCGUGGGUGUGGUCGCCCUGGAUGUGCCCUACGCCUUCUAUUACCGCCUGAUUGUGGAGAGCACGCCGCUGUGCCAGUUGCCGCACAUGAAGUGCUUGAUCUUCGAGCACGAGGGCUACCUGCUGGCCCAUCCCAGCAUGCUGCAGCCGGCGACGCCCACGAGGAACCAGCGACGACCGCACGAGCAUCUCACGCACAAGGAGUCCUACCUGGCCAACGAUAUGCUGAAUCACGGGCAGCUGGUGCGCAAGCUGGGCUGCACCAGCUACCAGAACCGUACGCUGCAGCGUUACUACGCCUUCAACACCUCGCUGGCCAGCAUCCUGGGCAAUGUGGUGCACGGGGAGCGAACCAAGUACGCCAUUGCCCUGAUCCGUGGCAGCAAUCUCUUUGCCGCCGUCCUCAACUCCAGCUGCGACGGGGGAGCCUUCUGUCCGUGCAGCACCAUCGAUCGGGAGUGCCUGAACUGCAAGCGAAUGGACCAAACGGACUGCGAGUGCCCCUGCGAGUGCCCCAUGGUGGGCGAUGGCAACACCUCCUCGUCCUUUGAGUACUACGCCAACUACACGCAGCACUUCCCCUACUGUCUGCCGCCCAGCGAGCACUUUGUGGCCCUGCCACCAACCACCCAGCUGCUGAGCGCGCUGCCCAGCUGCAUGGUAGCCGGUUCGGCGGUGGCUGGCGGCUGCGAGUUGUACUCCAGCCAGAGGGAGUGCCUGGGCGUGAUGGGCUGCGAGUGGUGCCAGCAGGAUGUGGAGGGAAACACCUUCAGUGCCGCUUUCUGCGCGGCCCAAGCGAGCUGCUUCAAUGGUGUGCUGGCCUCGCUGACGCCCUACGGCGAGCUGGACGAGCUGGAGCUGCUGGCUGCGCACAAUCCCCAGAGGGAGCAGCACGCCUACUCCGCCUUUGGGCCGCUCGGAGGUGCCGUCGUGGUGCUUGCCAUUGUGAUUGCCUUUGCCAUUUACUGCUACAGACACAACCUCGAUGCCCAGGCACAGGAACAGUUCUAUGUGGACUCUGUGCAGGAGGAGAACUACGGCCUGCCGCUGUCCCGAUUCAACUUUGACGACUGCAAGGCGCACGAUGAGCCGCCGCUUGGAGGCGGCUACGAUCACACGGCUGCACAGCGACAACUCAUGCAUGCGGCGGAUAUUUCCCCCUAUCACGUGUCCACCGGCAGCAGCUACCGAAGACCGCCCAACGGGGAGUCCGAUCAUGGCUACAGCACCAUGACCCCACACGAGGACAGCUCCGACCAGCAGUGCUUCACGCUGGCCGAGCCGCUGCUGCUGAACGACAAGCGGCACAGCAAGUCGGACACCAUGUCCAUAUCCACCUCCAUAUCGAGUCCAACCAAUCGCCAGCAAUCCUCGACACAGCCCAAUACGCAUCCCUACUUGAGCAAUCAGCCCACCACGAAGACGGAGCGUUACAAGCAUCAGCAGCUGCAGGCCACACCCUCGCCGUGUAGAGGGGCACCAGGUGGUGUCUAUGGCCAGACCACGCUGCCGCUGUGCGCCGUCGAGGGUGAGGAGACGCGACCACACUACAUACUGGCACCCGUCACGGUGCAUCGGCACAUGGAGACCGCCGAGUCGUAGUCCACAUAGAAAUGUUAAGUUUUAGACAGUAAGAACAGUACGCCAGUCUGCCAGUCCGCUUGUUUGCCAAUUAAGUUAAGUGACAGCCCAAACGCAGGGCAGGGCGGGGCGGGGCAGUUCAACUGCCAGCACAGUCCAGAGAUCCAUGACGAGGAUAUGUCCCUAUGUAUAUCUGUUGUUUGCACAGCUCUAAUAAUUGAGAGUUGCCAUUUUUAAUGUGUAUUCGAUUUGUAUUUUUAUUGUACCUUAAAGAUUUAAACAUAAUGUAAUUUAUUGCAACAAAAACACACAAAAGUAUUACUAGCAGCAGCCUACUUCCAAUAUUUUUAGCAUUUACUCGAUAAGGAAACGCACCCGAUUGCCAGAUAAAAAUGUACUUAAGCUGGAUACGCUGAUUCGUAUACCAUUUAUUUGUAAUUAAUUCAAUCCUAAAAUAUGUCCAUAAAGUUACUAAACUACCGAUUUUAGUACUAAUUAAAAUACACUUAUACAAUCACACACGUACACACACAAUAUUACUACCUAUGCUGUAUGUAGCAUUGUA